GAAAACCGCAAACAAUUGCCACAACUUUGCAACUCCUUUUUGAGUUUCCCGCGCUGUUCAUGACUGGUUCAGUCUGGUUGGACGCUUUAAACUUUAUGGGAACCAUUCAAUUCAAUUCAAUUCAAUGCAUGGAUGAAGAGAUUAAGAGUAGCUCAGACUCACUUUUCUCAAAUCAAGACAUGCAUCUCUCAAAAUUAUUUCCCACAAGCUCUAAAACUCUCAAUCUCGUUCUCUCCUCUCCUCACUUAUCAGACCUACGCUCUCUUCAUUAAAUCAGGAGACUCUCUUGAUCCUUAUCUCUCCACUGCUCUCAUUUCUCGCUUCUGCAAAAUCAAUGAUUUCUCUCGAGCUCUCAGUUUCCUUUUGGAUACCCAGAACCCAGAUGUAAUCACCUACAACGCUCUCAUUUCUGGUGUUGCCAGGUUUAGCCAGCCUGAAUUUGUUUUUGAGCUAUUUAAUGAGUUAAGGCAUCUGGGUUUGGUCCCUGAUGUCUUUACUUUGAGUUCUUUGAUCAAGGGGUGCGAGAGUUUCAGAGAAAAUGUGAUUGCACACGGGGUUUGUGUGAGGCUAGGUUUUGAGUCUAGAGCGUUUAUUGUUAGUGGGUUGAUUGAGAAUUAUGCAAAAAAUGGGGAUGUGGGGUCAGCUGAGAGGUGUUUUCAGGAGUGUUUUGGUGUGGAUAACGUGGUUUACACUGCAAUGGUUUGUGGGCAUGUAUGGAACGGAGAGUUUGAAAGGGGAAAAAGGGGUUUUGUGGAAAUGAGGGGUUUCGGGUUAGAAUUGAAUGAGUUUAGCUUAAGUGGGGUACUUGGUGCUUUGUUUGAUGUUAGAGAAGGGGAACAGAUUCAUGGAUUUGCUGUCAAAAUGGGUUUUCUAUAUUGUUCAAUGUAUCUGAGUAAUGCUAUGAUGGGUAUGUACUCGAAGUGCGGAAGUAAAGUCGACGCUAUUAAGAUGUUUGAUGAAAUUCCUGAACCAGAUGUUGUAUCUUGGACUGAGAGGAUAGGGGCUGCUGUUGAUGGUGAGGAAGCGCUGGAAUGUUUUAGAAUUUUGCAAUCUAUAGGCUUACAUAUUAAUGAGUAUACUUUGAUCAAUGUUUUGUCUGCCAUUGGAGGAGUGAAGUUCUUGAAAGCUGGGCAGCAACUUCAAGCACUUUGCCAUAAGACAGGGUAUUUGCAGGUGGUUUCUGUUGGCAAUGCAUUGGUGUCUAUGUACGGGAAGUGUGGGCAAGUUCAUGACGCUAGGCACUUAUUCGCCAAUAUGAUUUCUCGAGAUUCUGUUUCUUGGAAUUCUCUGAUUGCUGCAUGUUCUGAGAAUGGAUUUUUUUGCGAGGCUCUAGAGGUGUUCUGUCAUAUGCGUGAUCUUGCCUUACAGCCUACCAUAUAUACUCUUGCUAGCAUUCUUGAAACAGUUUCCAACUCAAAUUGUGUAAGGAAGGGGAUGCAAAUCCAUUCACAUAUGAUUAAAUGUGGAUUCCUUUUAGAUGAUUCCAUGGUUUCUAGCUUGAUAACGACAUAUGGGAGAUGCAAUUGUAUGGAUGAGUCAAAAAAGUUAUUUGCUGAAAUUAGUGAUGUCAGCUUGGUACAUUUGAAUGCAAUGAUGACCAAUUUGGUUCACAGUGGGUGUUAUACUGAUGCUUUGCAGUUGUUUCAAGAGACAUGCAGAUCAUGCCUUGAAGUGGAUGGAAAAACUUUCAGUGUUGUGCUAAAAGCCUGUGGUGCUAUGACAGAUAUGGAACAAGGGAGAACAAUUCAUUCUUUAUUACUAAAAUCUGGACUUUUUCAGGAUAGAUUUGUUGAAAGUUCUCUAAUUGACAUCUAUUGUAAAUGUGGAAAUAUAGGAGAUGCAGAGAAAGCAUUCAGCAGUAUGUCUACAGACAAUUUAGCUGCUUGGAAUGCCAUGAUGAUGGGAUAUGCACAACAUGGUUGUUGUCGAGAAGUUUUCAAGAGUUUUGAUGAAAUGCUCAAAUUUGGAGUAGAACCUGAUGAGAUAACUUAUCUCAGUAUUCUUAUUGCAUGCUGUCAUGCUGGGCUAGUGAAACAAGCACAUUAUUACUUAAAAUCUAUGUCUGAACUUCAUGGAAUUAUCCCAUGCAUAGAACAUUAUGCCUGCAUGGUUGAUAUGCUUGGUCGAGUGGGACUUCUUGAAGAUGCAAAGGAGAUGAUAGAUCAUAUGCCCAUUCAACCUGACAUUCAUUUAUGGCAAAUUCUUCUUUCAGCAUGCAACAUCCACAGACAUGUUGACUUGGGUGGACUUGCAGCUAGUAAACUUCUGGAGCUGCAACCUGAAAAUGAAUCUGUUUACAUUCUUCUAUCAAAUCUGUAUGCUUCUGCUGGCAUGUGGAAUGUUGUUGGAAAAUUGAGAAAAGAGAUGAAAGAAAAAGUACUACGCAAAGAACCCGGUUCUAGCUGGAUUCAAGUAGGAGGAACAAUCCAUAACUUUUUUGUCGAUGACAUCUCACAUCCUCAAAACAAAGAAAUUUACAUGGAGUUGGGAAGGCUAUACGGGCAAAUGUUAGCUUUGCUGGAGUUGAAAGAAAAUGGUGGUUUUCUAUCGAUCUAUGCAUUGUGAAGCAUACAAAAUCUUUUCUUAAUUUCUAUUAAAACUAAAAGUUGUCUAUCCAUUUGCUUACUUCAAUGGUCCUUGAGCCUUAGACUCUUGAUAAUUUAUCUAAUCAGGUAGGACGACAUUGUUGGAGGAACAGUUCAUCUAAUAUUACAUGACAGGGUGAGUAGACAUCAUGUGGGGAUAGAGCCACUGUUGAGUUAAUCAGCAGUGACUUUAUAACAAUACGAGCAUAAAGGUGUCAAAUGACUUGUGCUUCUGAUGAACAUUAUCUCGAUGAAGUGGCAAAUUGGAUGGUUUUGAUGUUGAAUUGUGGCAUUCAUGUAGUUCUUCCUGAUAGAGUGGUGGUGAUGUGAAGAGGCCCUAGAUAGAACAGAAACAAUGGAGUGAAAAGCAUUUGCUGCUAUCUUUGACUUGAUCUGCCCUCGCUUUGGAAGUGGCCGUGUGCUUGUGAAAUUU